AGCUUCUCUGUUUAUUUGUUUAAAAAAUGUCACAGGUCCACCAGAAUUCAGCGAAGUUUCAUACACAGAUUUUUUUUUUUUUUUAAAUUUUAUUUAUUUUACUUUAUUUUAUUUUUUUAAUGUGAUAUUGUACAGUAAUCUAAACCAAACAUGUUAUUCAUGAUUGAAGCACUGAGUAGGUUUCUUCUUAUCGUGAGGUUUUAUAACCCAAAGCAUAUCAAUCACAUCAGUGAAAGGUAUAGCCCAGUACAGCAUUGUUCAGUGGGCGGCAAUGAAAAUAAAUGGGCAUUGAUAGUCCAGGCAGAGCCUUUCUUUCAAAUGGCAACGUUGGCGUGGCUCUUCCGCCUAGCUGUGGAAUGAAUGAAACGAACAAAAGCACAAUAAUUUGUUUAUCUAAAGAGAAAAGCACAACAGUACAGAAAGUAGCUGGUGAUGUUACAGAGUGCAUUCAGUGAGAGGUGGAUACACUCUACAUCUGUCCCCACCGGCUACGUUACUGGUUUUGUGGUUAGUUACUGUUCCUACCCACAUGAGGACAAAAACACCUGAGGUUUAUCACUUGAGUCACUUUGACAUGCAGUCAGUAAUGGAUAAGAUUGACUGAACACAGGCUUGGCAGGGAACUGAACUUUUAACAGUUUUAACAUUUUUUCAAUUAAUGUCACUAAACUUUACACAGCAGUGAUGGGAAUUAUGGCACAACAGUUCCUAGGCUUCUUCCUGGGUCUCCUGGGCCUGGUCGGCACUCUGACUUCAACGGUGCUUCCUCACUGGCGCCAAACAGCUUAUUUUAGCACCAAUUUUCUCACCGCAUCAUACUAUAUGAAAGGUCUAUGGAUGGAGUGUGUUAGCCACACAGCUGGCAUUUAUCAGUGUGAAUUCCAUCGAUCAAUGCUUUCUCUACCCAAAGAUCUGCUGGCUGCUCGGAUUUUAAUGGUACUGUCCAGCACCACCUCGAUUUUAGCCGCUAUAGUUUCAGCUGUGGGCAUGAAAUGUACCCGCUGCGCCCAACAGUCCCAUGCCAAGGGCUCCAUAGCUGUGAGUGGAGGUUCAUGUUUUGUCCUGGCUGGCCUUUUCUGCCUUAUCACUACAUCCUGGACAACCUGUGAUGUCAUAAAAGAUGCUUAUGAUCCCUUUUCUACUGUUGGGAUGAAAUAUGAGAUCGGCCUGGCUGUGUACAUCUCUUUCUCAUCAGCUAUUUUCAGUAUUUGUGGAGGUGGGAUGCUCUGUGUGGCAUCAUGGGAUGUAAGAAAUUAUUUAAGCCACAAGGUGGCAGACCCACAGGUACCAAGCCCAAAUAAACUACAGCAUCCUGCAGCCUGUCAAGCAAAUGCUGCCUUUGAAAGUGAUCAUUCAUCAUCACCAACUUUUUCCUUAAUCAGUGAAUAUAGGUUAAGUGAUAGCAUUAGCGAAAGUAGUAUUAAAAGUAAAACUUGAAGUAAAAGUACAGUAAAAAGUGAAAAGUACUGGCAAAAUUACACACCACUC